AUGCGAGUGACUGCUGAUCCUGACGGUCUCGGUCUCGCCUCAGUGCCAUUCCCAAAGUCAAGUCUUUUAAAACUCGAGCUUUCAGACUCGUUCAACCAUAUGAUCUUACCGUCCUCAUUGCCAGACUCCAUCACCGUGCUAACACUAGGCUUUUAUUAUAACCAACCAAUCAAUGUUAAUACAUUGCCCAAGUCACUCAAUACAUUGACCUUUGGCCAAAAAUAUCGCUUCAACUCAAUCAUUGCUCCUGACUCAUUACCUCACACGUUAAUACAACUCAAGUUUGGUAAAAUCUUCAGCAAGUUGACUGACAAACUGCUCAGUUCACUACCGAUGCUCAACAGCUUGUCUUUUGGUUUUGGUAUUGUUGGACCAUUAACACCUGGAUCACUCCCUCCAUCACUACAAACACUCGAUAUUGAACGAUCGCCUAGACUCAUCGUUGAUGAUCCGCAAUCCAUCCCCCCUGCGCUCACCAAGUUGAGUGUCUUUGCUCAAAGUCAGGUGAGCCCAUUCCCUUUACAUCUGUUAUCACUUAGAAUAUAUGAAAUCGAUGACAUUACACUGGUACCUGGGUCUCUGCCAUCGUCAUUAACAGAGUUGAUAAUAGUCAGCAGGAUAAAGAUAGUGCUCUCACCAGGAUCACUACCUCAAUCACUUCAAUCAUUGAUCCUUUCGGGACGGAUGGACCAAGAAUUGGCUCAAGGCACACUACCACCUUCGCUCACUCUUUUGUGUCUUCCAGACAACUGUACACUCAACAUUGUGGACACAAUACCAUUGGGUCUUCGCAGUCUCUCCAUAGCAGGUGUUCACUUGGUCAAGUACUUUGAACAACUUACACAUCUUGAGCAUGUCGAGCUCAAGCUUCCAUGUGAUUUGGACGACACGAACAUCUCAACAUUGAAGUGCAACAGACUAAAGUUCACAGUCAAGAGUAUAUACGUUGAUUGUGACCCAUCGAUGGACUUCACAUUUGCCACGCGGACAACUACUCCUGAUGAACUCUUGGCUGUCAUUACAAGAGCUAUUCGUGCCUUUCCAAAUGUUGACACAUUCGAAGUUGUCCAAGAACUACAUUCCACACACCUCAUCCGAGCGAUUGACAAUAAUCAAUUUCUGCACCUCCAUUCCAAUCAUUCAUUCAAACUAAUCACACUGUCAUCAUAA